AUGGCGACAAUUGAUAAGUCUUGGACCAAAAUCAGAAAUCGUGGUUGCCAUGAAUUUUGGAAUGGUUUACAAGCCUUUUUAGCAAUGGCAUCAGAACAUAAGGAUUGUGAUGGAAGAAUUCGAUGUCCUUGUGUGAGAUCAAAGCUAUUGCAUUUAAAAGUUAGGGGAAAAAUUCCUAAUAACAUCUUUGAAGAAUUAUUGAAGCUUUUAAAGUUUGCGUUUCCGAAGGAAAAUAAUAUUCCAUCAACUUACUACGAGGCAAAAAAGAGAUUGAAGAAAUUAGGCUUGGGUUAUGAUAAUAUCGAUGUCUGUUUGUAUAAUUGUUGCUUAUUUUAUAAGGAGAAUGCAUCCAAGGAGGCUUGUCCAGUUUGCGGAACUAGUCGUUGGGUUACUUCCGAGAACGGAAAAGGAAAAAAAGUUCCUUGCAAAGUCAUGCGAUACUUUCCGUUGACACCUCGACUUAAAAGAUUAUAUAGUUCGAGGAUUACAGCGAAAAGCAUGAUAUGGCAUCAUACUGGAAAAUCAAAAGAUGAUGGGGUGUUGCGACACCCGGUCGAUGGUUUAGCUUGGAAAGACUUUGAUGCAAAACAUCCCGAGUUUGCAAGGGACCCAAGAAAUGUUCGACUUGGGUUAGGCUGUGAUGGAUUUAAUCCAUUUGGCAACAUGAGUCUUGCAUACAGCAUGUGGCCAGUGGUGCAACGAGAGAUAGUUCGACCAACUCGAUGUUCACCAUGCGUGCUGCGCUUUUGUGGGAAAGUGAAUGAUUUUCCUGCUCGUAGUAGCUUGUACGGGUGGAGUGGUCAAGGUUAUAAAGCUUGCCCUACUUGUAAUGAAGACACGACGUCCAUUCGAGUGAUCGGGAAGACAUCAUAUGUUGGUCAUCGAAGGUUCUUGCCAAGUAACCAUGCAAUGAGAAAGGAUACUCGAUUUGAUGGUAAAGUUGAAAGAAGACCUCCUCCAAGACGAUUUACUUGUGAAGAAAUAUUAUCACAAGUUAAUGCUCUCGAACCCCAAAUUCCCGGACAUCAUGAAAAUUUUGGGGGCGUGAAACGUAGAAGAGUUGCAGAAAAUUGUAAUUGGAGGAAAAAAAGUAUUUUCUACGAGUUGGAGUAUUGGAGCACGAAUAUUUUAAAACACAACAUUGAUGUCAUGCAUGUUGAGAAGAAUGUGUGUGAUAGUCUCCUAGGAACCAUCUUGGAUAAUGAUAAAUCAAAGGACACAACCAAUGCGCGCCAUGAUUUAAAGAAGAUGGGUAUUAGGGAAUCGUUGUGGAUUUAUGAAGAUGGGAAUGGGAGGCUAAUGAAACCGCAUGCUCCUUAUGUUUUGACUCGUGAGAAAAGACAACUUUUUUGUCAGUUUGUUAAAGGAAUAAAGUUUCCCGAUGGCUUCUGUUCAAAUUUAAAGAGCAAAGUUUCUCCAGAUGAGUCUAACAUUAUUGGGUUAAAAUCCCACGAUUGUCAUGUCAUUAUGCAGCGAGUACUAGCGGUUGGUGUCCGUAAAUUUCUACCUCGUGACAACGCAACAACUAUUACUCGAAUUUGUCUUUUUGACAUAAUGAUACACUUGGUAUUGCAUUUGCCUGAAGAAGCGAUAUUGGGUGGCCCGGUCUUUAUGAGAUGGAUGUAUCCUUUUGAAAGGUACAUGAAAAAAUUGAAGAAUUAUGUGGGAAAUAAGGCACGUCCUGAAGGGUCAAUUGCAGGAGGUUAUGUUGCUGAUGAGGCAGUAACCUUUUGUUCAAUGUACUUUAAAGGGUGUGAAACAAGAUUUAAUCGGCUUGAUCGAAAUGAAGAUGCACCUUCUGUUUGUCGCUAUCUCUCAGUUUUUAAUUCUCAAUCUCGUCCUUUAACUAGCGGACUUAUCAAGCCUCUUGAUCAUACCAGUCGUGAAAAAGCUGAGUGGUACAUUCUUCAAAAUUCUCCUGAAAUCCAAGCUUACUUAGAUGAACAUUUGGACAAGAUCAGGCAUGAAUAUCCUAAUGGUAAUCACGAUGUCUUGCAUAGGCAAACUUUCCGUCCGUGGUUUCACAAGAAGGUAUAACGACAAAAUUGUUAAGUUUUAAUUCAAUCAUUUAUAUUCCUCUCAUAUUAAUACAUUUUAUGUAUUUAGAUAUAUGAGUUGCACAAGCUUGGAACUUUACAAAAUGGUGAUGAGUUACUCGCUCUCGCUUCCGGGUCCGAUUACUUAGCAACAUUUUACGAAGGUUGUGUAGUGAAUGGUGUUCGGUUUAUUGCAUCAAAGCGAGACCAAAAGCGGAAGACACAAAAUAGUGGUGUUACUGUUGCUGGAACUGAAGGGUUUAAUUAUUACGGCACACUUGAAGAUGUAAUCACUAUAUCUUAUACUGGUGCAUAUACAGUGUCAUUGUUUGAAUGUAAAUGGUAUAACACUAAUCCAUUAAGAAAGAAGACAAUCACUGAAAAAUAAUAUAACUAGUAUAAAUACUCGUGGAUAUUGGUAUCAAGAUGAACCGUACAUCCUUGCUAACCAGGCGAAGCAAGUUUUCUAUCUUGAAGAUCCACUCAGAGGUCGCGAUUGGAAGGUUGUUGAAGAUAUUAGCCAUCGACAAAUUUGG